CGUCUCAACCAGCCGACGAACAGCACAGCUCAAUCGGCAUCCCCCCCCCUCAGACACACAUACACUCUCUCUUCCUGGAGCACCCCUCACUCGAUCUACUCCCGUACGCAGGCUCCGCAGCUUUCGUUGCCCACUCGCUUCAAAGUCUCUGCACACUUCCUCAGAGAAACCACCCCUCAGCAUCCUCCUCCUUGCAAGCCACUCUCAUAAACCACUAUGCGAGAUCUUACAGUCCUCUCCGGCUCCUCACACCCCCGCCUCGCACAAGCCAUAUGCGAGCGGCUAGGCGUGCCCCUCGGCUCCUGCACCCUCUCCAAAUUCUCAAACAAGGAGACAAACGUCGAAGUCAGAGAGUCCGUCCGCGAACAGGACGUCUUUAUCAUCCAGUCAGGCUGUGGGAACGUUAACGAUAACUUCAUGGAGUUGCUCAUCAUGAUCGCUGCUUGUAAGACUGCUAGUGCUAGAAAAGUGACAGCGGUAUUGCCGUGUUUCCCAUACGCCCGACAGACGGAAACGCCCUACCGGCGAGUAGGCAACAUGUCCGUCUCACGUGAGGCGACGAGUUUGACGGUGCAGAGGCCCGAUGUGGCGUAUGCGGGGCCAAGUGGGGUCAGUAGUGCGUAUAAGCAGUGGACAGCGAGGAGUGGGACGUUGAUGGCGAAUAUGCUUACUGCUGCUGGCGCAGACCACAUCAUCACAAUGGACCUCCACGACCCUCAAUUCCAAGGCUUCUUUGACGUCCCCGUCGACAACCUCCACAGCCAACCCCUCAUGAUCAAAUACAUCAAAGAGAAGAUCCCAAACUACCAAGAAGCCGUCAUCGUCACCCCGGACGCCGGUGGCGCCAAACGAGCGACACUGAUAGCCGACAAACUCAACAUGGACUUUGCCCUCGUGCACAAAGAACGGCGCAUCGCCGCCGGGUCCGAACUCAUCCUCGUCGGCGACGUGCGCGACCGCGUCUGCAUCCUCGUCGACGACAUCGCCGACACCUCCUUCACCAUCACGCGCGCCGCGGCCCUGCUCACCAAAUCGGGCGCGACAAAGAUCUACGCGUUGAUCACGCACGGGAUCCUCAGCGGGGACGCGGUCGAGAGGAUCAGGGCGAGCAGUAUCGACGAGGUCGUGGUCGGGAACAGUGUGCCGCAGGAGGAACAUGUGGAACGCGCGGGCGGCAAGCUGAAGGUGUUUGAUGUCGCGGGCGUGUUUGCCGAGGCGGUCAGGAGGAUACAUAAUGGGGAGAGCGUCAGCUUUUUGUUUGAUCAGACGCCCUAUUGA